CCCACAAGGCACCGCGUUCCUGCGGUGCUCGCUUUCUGUCGGCGGCUUGUGAGGACACUCACAAGGGCGAGGGGUGGGAUUGGUCUCUCGCGCCUAGUUUCCCGGUCUGUGUCCAAGCCUGGGUCUCUGGGCAGCCCUCAGUGAGAGUCCGGGUGUGACAGAGCCUCCGAAAGCUUUCUGACAGAUUUCCUUCAGUAAGAGGUGGCUUUCCAAAGCUCUGCAGAAACGAGUGUGGUGUGUGAUUCAAGGUACUAUGGCAGCAAAAGUGUUUCCUAUGUCCCCAAAGCCAAAGCAGUCCUUUAUACUGAGAGUUCCUCCAAACUCCAAGCUGGGCCAAGACCUAAUUCAAGAUGCUACUAGUGGGCCCAAGACCAUCCACCAGCUGGUUCUGGAGCACUUCCUCACCUUCUUGCCCAAGCCAGGCCUGGCCAAGCCCAGUAAGAAAGUAAAAGAGACCUUGGUUAUCAUGAAGGAUGUGAGCUCAAACUUUCAGAACAGAGUGCAUCCUCAUCCCUUAGUGAAGCUUCAGACCAGAGAAGGAAUCCAGCAGAAAGAGGAGACAGGGUUUCAGUGUUUGAAAGCUGAGCCUGAGGAGUUGGUGGUCUUUGAGGAUUUAAAUGUAUUUCACUCCAAAGAAGAAUGUGUGAGCCUGGAUCCUACUCAACAGCCCACCUCAGAGAAGGAAGAAGACAGUGUUGGGGAGAUGAUGUUAUUAGUAAUUGCUCAAUCAGCUCUCUCAUGCCUUUCCUGUGCCACAAAAGUUUGGAUUGCUGAGGCCCAACCACCAGCCCCACUACUGGAAAAGCUCUUCAGAAUCUUGUUCCUCUGCUAAGCCAAGAAGAAAACUUGCCAGGAAGGAAACCCCAAGAGCCUCAAAAGGAAGAGGAAGACAUUGGCACGGAUCCAUGGCUGCUCAAAAACUUUAUCAUAUGCUUAAUUCCCCUCUAAGCAGUUAUCAGACCUUUGGCAAUGGGUGGUCACUACCUCACAAGCAAAGUGUUUUAUUUUUAGAAGUCUCUCCAUGGCUAGCUCACAUUGCUCCUCAAGAAACAGGAUUCCAGUGUCUUCAUUGUAGUGGAUAUUUGUUCUUGUUGGCCUCCCUAUAUCCAGACUUCCCUGACUUGUCUGCCCAGGGGUAGACCAGCGGUUCCUUCAUGGGACUGAUCCUGUGGUGUGUGAUUUUAAGGAUUCUUGAUCAGUUUUGCUGUUUUUGGGUUUCCCAGAUUUUUACAUUGGUAUUUUGAUUGGAAUAAUCUAAUCCUAUAAACUACUUGGAAAACAUUAACUUUAUAAAUUUUGUUACCCAUCCAGAAACAUGCCUUUUCAUUUAUUGGAGUAUUCCUUAGUCUCUAAUUUUCCUCAUGUAAGUUCCACACAAUUUUGUUAUUGUAAAUAGAUUUUUUCAUUAUAUUUUUCUAGUUAUUGCUCAUAUAUAUGAAAGUUUUUAAUUAUAUAUUUGUGAAACUAGCCACUCCACUGAAUGUUCUUAAUUUUCAAUAAUUUCUCAGUCCUGUUAUAAUUUGUGGUUAAAGAUUACACCAUCUAUAAAAUAGUUUUGUUUCUUCAUUUCUGCCUGUCACGUCCAGCGUGGCAAGGGCAAAUGGGUCUCGACAGGAGUGACGCAGAUUGAAUAAAGUCAAGAGACAAAAUUUAGAUAUGAGCGAGACCAAGGGACUCAGCCAGAGAAGACUGAGCCCCGAAUCGGGUCAGCGCGUGGCUUUUAUUGAGAAUU